AUGAUCACCGCAGAGCCCGAUGAGCCUCUCCAUGUGCUGGACCUUCCCCAGAUCUAUACGAAGCCAUCCGGCACCGAACUUCUCCAAACCCUAGCCCUCUUGACGAUAAAACCGCGGAGUUUCGGGACCAAUGCUCAUGAGCCGGUCAAAAGCCGAACAGUCGAAUCCACCGGGCUGACUCGUUACCUGACAUCCAUCAUAGCUAGCCCCCUCUCCUGGCUGGAUACGGAUGAGUUGCGGGAAGCUAUCUGGGAUGCCACAGCUGCUCGCCUCAGUGAGAGGUCAGGUCGAACCGCAAUGCCGGCAAUGUCGCGUGUCUUUGCGGUUCCCACAUCUUGGGGCGAAGAGUACACGUUGACCCUCCACGAACCCUCGUUGACGUCCGACAACCUGGGCAUGAAGACUUGGGUUUCAUCGUAUCUCCUCUCCCAGAGACUUCACUCCCUCCUCGAAUUCACCCCGCAGCUCGUCCCAUCGACAACGGCCACUCCCACACCAACCCUAGAUCCUGACCGUAAGCUUCGAGCCCUGGAACUAGGCGCAGGCACUGGCCUUGUUGGUCUCUCAUUCGCUGCGCUGCGAGGCAAAUCGGCAAAGAUCCAUCUUACAGACCUGCCAGAAAUUGUGCCGAAUCUUGCCCAUAAUGCUGCGUUAAAUGUAGAGCUUCUCAAUAAGACAGCCGCGGCGGUCACAACGGGUGUCCUAGAUUGGUCUGCCUCGCCUGAGACACCCCCAGCCGCAGAGGAACAGUACGACCUAAUCCUGGCUGCGGAUCCUCUUUAUUCUCCUGAACAUCCGCGGCUGCUGGUUGAUACUAUCGCCGUUUGGCUAAGUCGGGGCCUUGAUGCCCGUGUUGUCCUUGAGAUGCCUCUACGGGAUGCAUAUCUACCGCAAGUGCAGGAUCUUCGGCAACGGAUGGACAAACUAGGGUUGGCGGUAGUUGAAGAGGGUGAGGAGAUGGGGUAUGACGACUGGGAGACCGCAGACGGAGGUGCAGUCGCAGUGCGAUGCUGGUGGUCUGUUUGGGGUUGGAGCGAAAAGAUCUAA